AUGCUCUUUGGAAAUCUCUGGCGCGCCGCGCUGGCGACAGCUGCCUUCGCAGCGUCGGCCCUCGCUGAUGAUACCAACAACCCCACCGGCCAGUCGACCUUUAUCUCUCCCGAUGGUUCCCUCGCCUUCGCCUUCACCGUCCCCGACAACGGCAAUACAGACAUCUACUUCAGCCUGCGCGUCUCUACAGAUCGCUCCUGGGGCGCCAUCGGCCUCGGUAGCGACGACAUGCCUGGCGCCCUGUUCCUCAUUCUCUAUCGCAGCAAGAAUAAUCACGACAACGUCACAUUCUCCCCUCGUCUAGCAUACGGCAACUACGAGCCCAAAUACUAUCCCGACCUCAAGUUUGACGUCCUCGAUGGCACCGGCGUUCAGGAUGGCUUCAUGACCUUCAAUGCCGUCUGCCACGAGCACUGCCGAAGCUGGCCAGCCGGCGGCACUUCCAGGGGCUACAUCGAUGUGUCGUCUCCAAACCAACAGGCCAUUUACGCUCUGGGAGGCAAAGAAAGCUUCAGCGACGACGAGGUGGAUGCGAACCUCAAGAUGCACAGCGAACACGGCACCUUUACCAUCGAUAUGAAGAGAACGCAGGGCCGAGCCGAUUUGCCUGUCCUCACCAAGGACUCUGUGGCUGAAGGUACGACGCUGAACAGCCGUUCUACGGGCAAUUUCGACUGGAAGGCUGCUGCGCACGCCGCCUUCAUGGUCUUUAGCUUCAUGCUCUUGAUUCCCAUUGGCACAAUUCUCAUUAGAAUAGAGAAGUUGGCCAAGUUUCACAAGUUCAACCAGACAUUUGCUCUGUGUCUUGUGCUCGCGGGCUUUGCUUUUGGAAUCCUGACGAGCUUCAACUAUCAACGGUCCCGUGGAUUCCAUUCUCUACACCAAGUCCUUGGCUUCAUCGUUAUCCUCCUCUUGUUCGUUCAAUUGGCCGCUGGCAUUCUACAUCAUCUCAAAUGGCGAAAGACGAAGCAGCCCACUACAUUCGGCAAGGUUCAUCUCUGGAAUGGAAGAAUCGUCAUGAUUCUUGGUGCAGCCAACGGCUACAUCGGGUUCGGUUUCGCUCUGGAUCGCAAAUACGCCCUCAUCGUCCUCGGAAUCGUCUUCUUCUUGGUGAUGUGCGCCUUGGGAUAUAUCAUCUGGGGAGCCAAGCGUCAGAUGCCUCGCCGCCAGCAAGGUCCCUCUGGCUUUGAGGGCCUUAACCACAGCUACCAGCAGCAGCACCCCGAGCCAUGGCGGAACACUGGCUACUCAGCAACCGUUACCGCUGCGCCAGCGUAUCCCCACGAUCCCCCUCCGGGAUACGAGGCCCCAUCAGAGUCGCAGAUUGGCCUCCAAAGCACCACAUCGUGGAAGCGUAGCACUCUUGGCGGCAGGGAUAGCUAUGAAGAUGAGCCUCUUAAUCUGGGCUCAAGCCAGAAACCAAGAGAAUUUACCUGA